AUGUUUCCCAAAACUGUUGCUUUAGCUCUAGCCCUAGUCCCCUUCUCCCUGGGCCAAGUCUCCUCGGACUUUGAGAGCGGAUGGGAUUCCACGGCGUGGCCGACCUACGCGCUCGACUGUAGCCAGGGAGGCAAAGUCUCGCUCGACAGUACGACAGCUCACAGCGGCAAGAACAGUAUCCGUGUUGAUGGGGCAGGCGGCUACUGCGGGCAUAUUUUCUUUGGUACGACGAAAGUACCUAGUGGCGACGUCUAUGUCAGAACAUACCUAAAAGCCUCUAGGGCUCUCACCGACUCCCACGUCAGCUUCAUCACGAUGCCCGACUCAGCUCAAGGAAGCAAGAAACAUCUUCGCAUCGGCGGGCAGAGCAGGAUUCUCAUGUAUAACCGUGAAUCAGACGAUGCCACCUUACCCGACCUAUCGCCACAAGGUAUCGCUACUUCCACUGCUUUGCCGACUGGCUCCUGGCAGUGCUUCGAGUAUCAUUUGGGGACUGAUGGGUCUGUCGAGACAUGGCUGAACAACAGCACGGUUGCUGGUAUUACUGUAACGAAAGGCACGACCAACCCCAACGCCGCUCAAUGGACAAGAAGUCGUGUCGUCCCGAAGAUAACGGCAGUUUAUUUUGGCUGGGAGUCCUACGGUGGAGAUGCUAAUACCUUCUGGUAUGAUGAUAUCGUAGUGAGCUCUAGUCGCAUUGGAUGCUAG